AUGACAACACUUUCACUAUUAAAAAGUACCGAAGAGUUCGGGAACUCAAGGUUUCGGCCGCUGUUUAACAAAGGUAUGAAUCCCUGUCCACACCGGGAAUGGGUGUUACAGGAGAUGACCAAAUGGUCUAAAGAGUUCUCCCAUUACAGCGAAAAGUCGACCCCAUAUGCGAUGGCAUUUGUACCCUAUCUGUACAGUAGCUGCAAAUCCAAGCAAAGACUGCUAAAUGUUGGCAAAUGGGUUGAAUUUAUCACUUAUUUGGAUAAUGAUAUGGAAAGGGCUCGUAGGGAACGGUCACCAGAAUUACUGAGAGAAUUGACGGAUAAGUUGUUGAACGCUAUGGAGACUGGACGGUGCGAUCAGACGUUUAAUUCAGGGCGCAGACUGUUAGAGGUUGUGGAUGUGUUGGAGGGACACAUGGAUGAGCACUGGAUGUCUAAUAUGAGACAAUACUUGCGGGAUGUGUUUGCCACUCAUGUGACUAUUCAUUGCGAUUAUUGGCUUAAAGACCGAUUCAUACCAUACGAUGAAUACAAUGAUAUUCGUCUACAAGAGUCA